AUGACAUCCUCAGAGGAUGAUUACUGGGACAACGAGACUGACUGGCAAGCUUUAACAACUCAACAGGCGUCUCAACCCGCUCAGGUUACCCAGGAACCGACUAGUAUCGCCGUUACUCCUAGUGUUGGAGGGCAUCACACUGUUACAGAGCACACAGUCUCUUCAAGCAAUGUGCCUCCUUCUUCAACCGCACUGAACGAUAAUUCUGUGGAUUCUUCUCGUGAUUCCUCUGGUUCAAAUGCCAUCAAUGAAAACCACGGGACACCGCAUACUCUCGACAACACACCAAGAAUAAACGAGCCGCCUUCAACCAAUCCAGAUUCCCCGAUUGUAGCGACACCCGCAAGCCUUCCUAGUUCAUCGACUAAUCGACAGAUAUCUUCGUAUCCGAGUGGAAGUAAUACGGGGCAAUCCAGUAGCAGUAGAAAUAUAGUCUCAAGACGGAACCCUGAGAAUGCAAAGCGAAUAUCAAGCAUAUUGGAAGGACUAAAUUCCCCUGACGAUACACAAAAGGAAUCACGAAAACGCUCUGCGCAGAUGUCUCGCGACGGAGGGUCUACUUCACACAGCAAUUCACCUUCACCGAGGAAGAGGGUUCGGCCCAUUCCAAACUUUUCUAUUGCAAACACCGUUCAAAAACACAUAGAACUCUUAAGGUCCAACGGAGUGGAGGAAUGGGCCGAUGGCGGCGCAAAAUGGAAAGAAAGGGAGCUCAGAAAAAAAACGUACGAGGUCAUGCAAGCGGCAACUAAAGUAACUGCGAACGCCGCUGCAAACACCAUUAUCGACAAUGAUCGGGCGGUCACUGCGACGCACGAAUGCG